AUGACAGGGAUUAGGACCGUAAUUUUUGUUUCGCUUGCUGGAUCAGUUUCAUUCACAUUCUUACUGUUAGCCUGUGCGUUACCACAGUACAAUGUUUGGUGGCCACUAUUCAUGCUGAUAUUUUACAUACUAGCACCACUUCCAUUGCUGGUCGCUAAAAAUUUCCAGGAAAGCUCUUCACUGGGGGAUGUGAGCGUUUUUCUGACCACAAUCGUGAUAGUAUCCGCAUAUGCACUGCCUAUACUGUUUGCUCGAGCACCUAAAGAAAAUCCCCUCUUUGUCAUCUUUUUAAAACUUGGAGACAGCUGUAUAUAG